GUCUCUGUUCCACUGAGGGGUCCUGAGCGUCACUCACAUACACACGUGUGCGCCGUGUUCUCGGUAACCAUGGCGGACCUCCAGAUGAAGCUUCUCCGAAAGAAGAUCCAGAAGCGAAACGAGAAGGACAGAGAGCGCAAAUUGCAGAAGAAGAAGCGGAAAGACGAAGUAACAGGAGAAGAAGGAGAAGAUGUGAGUCUGACGGUGAGCUCAAACGGCCUCCAGGAGGAGGUACCCAGAGAGCCAAAGAAGAAACAGAAGAAGAAGAAUCAGGAGGAGGAAGAGGGACCAGUGGAAGGGACCAGCACAGAGGAAACUCAGAUGAAGAAGAAAGCGAAAAGGAAGCAGCUGGCUGAGGGUGCUGAACCUCCAGCCGUGAAAAAGAGCAAAACUGCAAAAGAAGAAGAAAAUGGGGAGGAGGACACGGAGGAGGAAGAAGUAGCAGAUGACAAUGGAGAUGCAGCUGCUGACAAACCACAAGAAGAGGAGGAGGAGGAUGAGCCUGAGCUGCCGUGUGGACUCACAGGGGCGUUCGAGGACACAUCCUUUGCCUCUCUCGCCAGUAUAGUUAGCGAGAACACGCUGAAGGGAGUGAAGGGCAUGGGCUUCGAGCACAUGACCGAGAUCCAGCACAAAAGCAUCCGCCCUCUGCUGGAGGGAAGGGAUGUCCUGGCUGCGGCAAAGACAGGCAGCGGUAAAACUCUGGCCUUCCUCAUUCCGUGCAUCGAGCUCAUCUACAAACUCAAGUUCAUGCCCAGGAAUGGCACCGGCGUCAUCAUCCUGUCUCCUACACGCGAGCUGGCCAUGCAGACCUACGGCGUGCUGAAGGAGCUGAUGACGCACCACGUGCACACUUACGGUCUGAUCAUGGGAGGGAGCAACCGCUCAGCUGAGGCCCAGAAGCUCGCCAACGGUGUCAACAUCGUGGUAGCCACACCCGGACGCCUGCUGGACCACCUGCAGAACACGUCCGGCUUCAUGUACAAGAACCUGCAGUGUCUGAUUAUCGACGAGGCCGACCGGAUCCUGGAGGUGGGCUUCGAGGAGGAGCUAAAGCAGAUCAUCAAACUGCUGCCGAAGCGGAGGCAGACGAUGCUGUUUUCAGCCACUCAGACAAGGAAGGUGGAGGACUUGGCUCGCAUCUCCCUGAAAAAGGAGCCCCUGUAUGUCGGGGUGGACGACAACAAAGACAAGGCCACAGUCGACGGCCUCGAGCAGGGCUAUGUGGUGUGUCCAUCAGAGAAGCGCUUCCUGCUGCUUUUCACCUUCCUCAAGAAGAACCGCAAGAAGAAGCUGAUGGUCUUCUUCUCUUCCUGCAUGUCUGUGAAAUUCCACUAUGAACUGCUCAACUACAUCGACCUGCCCGUCAUGGCCAUCCACGGCAAACAAAAGCAGACCAAACGUACCACCACCUUCUUCCAGUUCUGCAACGCUGACUCCGGCAUCCUGCUGUGCACAGACGUGGCAGCUCGAGGGCUGGACAUCCCCGAGGUGGACUGGAUCGUGCAGUACGACCCUCCAGAUGACCCCAAGGAGUACAUCCAUAGGGUGGGUCGGACUGCCAGAGGCAUCGAUGGUCGAGGCCACGCCCUCCUCAUCCUGCGGCCAGAAGAACUCGGCUUCCUGCGGUUCCUCAAACAGGCCAAGGUCCCACUGAGUGAGUUUGAAUUUUCCUGGAGUAAAAUCUCCGACAUCCAGUCUCAGCUGGAGAAACUGAUCGAAAAGAACUACUACCUCCACAAGUCCGCCCAGGAGGCCUACAAGUCCUACGUGAGGGCUUACGAUUCCCACUCGCUCAAACAGAUCUACAACAUCAACACCCUGAACCUCCCCAUGGUGGCGCUCUCAUUUGGAUUCAAAGUGCCUCCAUAUGUUGAUCUCAACGUGCACAGCAGUAAAGGAGCCAAGCUGCAGAAGCGAGGUGGCGGCGGUGGUUUUGGAUACCAGAAGUCCAAAAACGUGCAGAAAUCGAAAAUUUUCAAACACGUGAACAAAGGAAAGAGCGACCGAAGGCAGUUCUCCCGCUGAGCCUUGGAUCCUCCCCCUCCUACUUUAAUCCCAUGAACUUCCUGCUUCAGAGCAGUCGGACUAACCCUUCUCCCUCAGACGUCUUAUCAGUUUUCAUGCUGAAACAUUGUUUAAAGAUAUUUUUGUAAAUGUUCACAUUUAAUCCCUGUAUCGGCUAUCAAUUGUCCUUUCUUUCUUGUAUUUGCAGCAAAUUAAACCUCUAACAGAUUA